UACGCAUUGCGAUUCGCAGGUAUUACUCUACAUUUUCAUGAUGCUAUCAGCCUUAACACCUAGUUCAAGUGAAAGAGAGGAAAAUGUUCCUCACCAUACAUUUUCUUUGCCCUCUGAGCGGAACAUCCACGCUGUUAUCAGAGACAUCCCAGCGUCAAGUCCUGAGCAGGAAAUCAAAGAGGAGCUAGAACUAUAUGUACGUAUAUACUCCCCUCCACGAAUGCCCUAUAUUGUGAAACUGAUGGAGGAAACUAAAAGAGAAUUAGCAGAUUUGAAAGCAAACUACAGAAAAGACACUUAUGCAAAUGUGUUAAAAAAUACAACAUCCGCGCCGGAUUCCAUUAAUAAGCCUAGUCUGCCUACCAUAAUAAUUAGGCCUAAAAGCCAACAAAAUAUAGGAAAGAAUAAAUAG